CGCCAAAAUUCGAUGCGCAAAAUGUUGAAAAGUUCUGGAUAGAGAAAGCCUUCAACAAACAACCAAAACUCGAUCCAGCGUCAUCACGGCCUUCAUCACUUUGCCGAACCGUUGACGAUAGCGUUCGAGUCGUGAAGGCACGCACCGUCUCAGCAGCCAAUCCACAUCUACAACCCUCGAUCCUACCAAGACCAGACCGUUAAGAUGUCUUACAACAAGCCCGAGAAGGACUUUGGCGAGGCGCCUAAGGUGCACAAGAUCCGCAUCACCUUGACCUCGCGCAAGGUGCAGUCGCUGGAGAAGGUCUGCCAGGAACUCAUUGAGCGCGCCAAGAACAAGGACCUCCGUGCCAAGGGUCCCGUCCGUCUGCCCACCAAGACACUCAAGAUCACUACCCGCAAGACCCCCUGCGGUGAGGGUUCCAAGACGUGGGAUGCGUACGAGAUGCGGAUCCACAAGCGCCUGAUUGACCUGACUGCGCCGACCGAGAUUGUCAAGCAGAUCAUCAUCAACAUUGAGGCUGGUGUCGAGGUUGAGGUCACGAUUGCUGCUUAACGAGGACGGCGAGAAUUGGGAAGGUUCACACCCCCUUCCGAGGAAUGACAAGAGCCGAGAAGUCACAGUGACCGCUGGUCGCUAGUAGAUAGUGGUGACAAUAUAACGGCCUCGGAUCAACAGUUUUUGUGCAACUGCUCGUGUGUGACAGCCGCACUGCCUCGGUUGGAAUAUAGGUUGAUAAAUAUCAGCAGACUGACCCAUUGAUGCUAUGCAUUGAUCCGAGUAGCUGUAGAAAA